GUCGGGCGUCGGCCGGCCGCGCCGAGCCGGCCGGGGCGGCACAGCGUCCAGCCCGGCUGUAGGGCGGCGCGGGGGCCGGGGCAGCAGCGAGCACCAGCAGUCGAACCGCAGCCAGCAGUGCCAAACAGCGAAGCAGCUCACAGUGCAUAGUGAUUGCAGUGCAAUAGCGUCGCGGCACGGCCGACGAGACCUCAGUGAAAGCGCACGUGAAUCUCCGUCUCGUCACGCGCUCCUCAUCACACGGUCGGCGUCGGCGUCACACGGCGCCACACACAAGCACUGCUCACAGGCAGUCCUCGGCCAUGUCCCGUCUCUCUGAGCUGGCGCGCCUGUGGCGUGGCCUGGAGCUUGUGGUCUGGGCGACCGUCAGGCAAGCGCGCCUGGACCUCGGCCGGCUGGCGGCCACCUCCAGCGUGGUGCGUCGAAUGCCGGGUGCUGUCAGCUCAGCAUCUGUCGACCGACCAGCUGUGCCGCCUCAGACACACUCGAAGUCCACCGCGCGCAGUCAGAUGAAGCCGGCCCAGCGGGCCGGCGACCGGCUGUCGGCGGAGGGCGGCCGUCUGGAGCAUGCGCCCGAGACGACGACGACAAACGGCUCUGAACUGGAUGUCAACGAUCAGACUCUCGUCACGGCCGGCCCGCCUGAGGCCUCAUUGUCGCAGACAGGACCUGACCCGACUCCGGUCGUCCCGGCAUCCUCGAAACCGGCACUAGCCAGCGUCGGUGCCACCUCGGCCACGCAGAUGUCCCCUUCGGCCCGAGAGCGGCCCGUUCCUGCGUCUCGGUUGUCUCGGCUGGCGACGUUCGGCGGCCUGGCGGCUGGUCUGGGCGCCGGCGCCAUCGCCGAGAUGACACGGCGCACCCUCGGCCUGCGCAGCCGUGGAGGGCCCGCGGCUGCCUCCGCCCUGCUGGACGCCAGCCCGCUGCUCACAGAGGCCAACGCCGAGAGGAUUGUGUCAACGUUGUGUCGUGUGCGUGGUGCGGCGCUGAAGCUCGGACAGAUUCUAAGCAUCCAGGAUAACGCGCUUAUCAGCCCGCAGCUGCAGAACAUCUUCGAACGUGUGCGUCAGUCGGCAGACUUCAUGCCGCGUUGGCAGAUGGAACGCGUGAUGCGCCAACAGCUCGGUGACGACUGGCGCGCACGGCUGGAAACAUUCGAGGAGCGACCGUUCGCGGCGGCCUCCAUCGGUCAGGUGCACAAGGCCACGCUGCCGGACGGCCGGCGGGUGGCCAUCAAAGUGCAGUAUCCGGGCGUGGCACAGGGCAUUGACAGCGACAUCAACAACCUGAUGGCCGUCCUGAACGUAGCCAGCAUACUGCCCGAGGGCCUCUUUAUCGAUAACCUUGUGGCCGUGGCUAAACGCGAGCUCGACUGGGAGUGCGACUACCAGCGUGAGGCCGAGUGUGCUGUGCGCAUGCGCCGUCUAGUGGAACCGCAUUCGGAUAAGUUUUACGUGCCGGAGGUGGUGGGUGAGCUAACCACUGGACAGGUGCUCGGCAUGGAGCUAGUGGAGGGUGUGCCGCUGGACCAGUGCGUCGGCGCCGACCAGCGGACGCGUAACCAUAUAUGUUCGCGCCUCGUGGAACUGUGCAUGCGCGAGGUAUUUGAGUGGCGUUUUAUGCAGACCGACCCCAACUGGUCUAACUUCUUCUAUGAGCCAGACACGGGGCGCAUUACGCUUCUUGACUUCGGAGCGUGUCGUGAAUUUAGCAAGGAGUUUAUCGAUACAUACAUCGAGAUCAUCCACGGCGCGGCGCGCCACGAUCGUCAGAAAGUGCUCGACCAAUCAGUCCAGCUCGGGUUCCUCACCGGCUAUGAGUCACGCGCCAUGCAGGACGCCCACGUCGAGGCGGUGAUGAUCCUCGGCGAGGCAUUUCAGAGCGAGGCGCCUUUCGACUUCGGCCAGCAGUCGACGACGCGGCGGAUUCAGCAGCUGGUGCCGGUGAUGCUGACGCAGCGUCUCUGCCCGCCGCCAGAGGAGACCUACUCACUGCACAGAAAGAUGUCGGGCGUUUUCCUGCUCUGCGCCCGGCUCGGAGCCAGGAUCUCUUGCAAACAGUACUUUGAGGAAGUGUACGCGCGCUACCGGCAGGGUUCCGAGCAAUGCGGCGAUGACAAAGAUAGAAACCUAGAGUAAGAGGCGGCUUGAAUUUCCCAAUGUUUGCAAUUACUGAAUGAAGCCUAGAGAACAGUUUCUUUUAAACAGUGUAUUGUAUAGUAUUGUAUUGACGGAGGAGACAACUCCACAGUACACCGUCGCUAUUCUGUGUCUUAAGUCAUGGCGAGUAAAAACGCGUACGUCGGGGUUAAAUGGGAAUAAAAAAUGUCAGAAAUCACA